AUGGACGGCACAGGAUUGCAAAGCUCCCGCAUAUCGACUACCUCAUCAGCUAGGUACCGGUAUCUAGCUGGCUAUCGACCUUAUCCAUCCCUUCUUCUGCUUUCGUCUCAUCGCAUCGCAUCUCCUCUCCUCUCCUCUCCUCCAUUUCUGUCCGUCCGUCCCCAUAUCGAUCGUAUGCUGCGUUUCCUUCGAUCAACGGGACUUCAAAGCAACUUGGGUCGAGCUGCAUCUCCCCGCAAUCCGAGCAUCAUCACCAAACCGUUCAUCUCAAUCUCGUCGCGCAGUUACAGUAUGGCUCAAGAAUACAAGCUCAAAGGCCUGAGCAGUCUCGACCUGAAGCCAGGAGAGAAGCGAGAGGUCGAAAUUGAGGGCAUUGACGAGGGCAAGGUACUCCUCUGCAAUGUUGGAGGGAAGACGACAGCUUUAGGUAGCAAGUGCACACAUUAUGGAGCUCCUUUAAUCAAGGGCAUAUUGACAGGCGAUGGGCGCAUUACCUGCCCAUGGCACGGAGCUUGCUUCAACGCCAAAAAUGGAGACAUUGAAAAUGCACCCGCCAUCGAUGCUCUACCUUCCUUCCAGCUGUCCGAAAAGAAUGGCUCAGUAUACAUCACGGGCGAACAACAAACUAUCAAAGGCAGCAGGCGAAAGCCGAAUAUCAGAAUCUCGGGUGCUCAAAGCGCAGAGAAGAUCGUAAUUGUUGGAGGUGGAAGUGCGGCCCUGGGCACCCUCGAAGCUCUUCGUGAGAAUGGAUACAAGGGAUCGAUCACUUUGAUAAGCAGCGAGGGAUACCUGCCGUUUGACCGUACCAAGCUUUCGAAGGCUUUGAUUGACGACCACUCAAAGAUUGCCUUGAGAGAUGAUGCUUGGUUUAAGGAAGGGUCUAUUGACCUAGUAAGCGAUGAGGUUACGGGUGUUGACUUUUCUGGGAAGAAGGUAUCCACUAAGGGUGGCAGCUCGCACUCAUACUCGAAGCUUGUUUUGGCAACUGGUGGCACUCCAAAGAGUCUCCCACUGCCGGGCUUCACAGAGCUUGGAAACAUCUUUCUUCUCCGUACCAUUCCGCACGUGAAGGCUAUCAACACUGCCAUUGGUGACAAGGGUAAGAAGAUUGUCAUUAUUGGAAGCUCCUUCAUCGGUAUGGAAGUCGCAAAUGCUGUGGCCAAGGGCAAUGACGUGACAGUAGUUGGUAUGGAAAAGGCCCCGCUUGAGAGAAUCAUGGGCGAAGAGGUCGGAAAAAUCUUCCAGAAGUCUCUCGAGAAAAAUGGAGUCAAGUUCAAGAUGUCAGCUGGUGUUGAAAAAGCCGUUCCGUCCGAGUCCGACUCUUCAAAGGUUGGAGGCAUCGCCCUCAAGGACGGUACGACGUUGCCUGCGGAUCUGGUCAUCUUGGGUACCGGAGUCGGCCCUGCGACCACUUUCCUUAAGGAUAAUAAAGACAUUGAGUUACAGAAGGAUGGAUCUCUCAAGACGGAUGAGCACUUCGCUGUAUCUGGACUGAAAGACGUCUUCGCCAUAGGCGACAUUGCUACCUACCCAUACCAUGGACCUGGAGGUGAGGGUGCCUUCACACGUAUCGAGCAUUGGAACGUUGCACAAAACGCCGGCCGUUCGGUAGCAGCCAACAUUGUCGACCCAUCUGCCAAAGCCAAAGCCUUCACUCCCAUCUUCUGGUCUGCUCUCGGCUCCCAGUUGAGAUAUUGUGGAAACACUCCCAAUGGAUGGGAUGAUCUUGUUCUCCAAGGCCAGCCUGAGGAGGCAAAGUUUGUUGCGUACUAUACCAAGGGCGAGACUGUUGUUGCUGUCGCGACAAUGGGUGUCGACCCAGUCAUGGUAGCAUCUUCAGAAUUGAUGAGAAGGGGUGCUAUGCCAACGAAGAGCCAGCUGAAGAAGGGCGUCGAUGUUCUUUCUAUCAGCGUCCCAUCAGAGGUGAAGAUCUAG